AUGAAUGGACCCUGUUCACCACUAGGGAAGACAGCUCUUAGCCCGGAGGAAAUCCUCCACAAAGACCAACUCCGAGUUCGUUCUAUUCAUUCAAUGAUUAACAAACAAGUCCGAGAUUCCAAGGCAAAAAUUCCAACCAGUUCCGGUCGCCCUUUUGAUAGUAGAAACUACGUUGUCAAUAUCGGAAUUGGCACACCUCAGAAAAAGUUUUGGGUGACGAUGGACACUGGAAGCAGCUUGACUUGGAUCCUAUGCCAACCAUGUCCUAACUGCAGAGGACCCAUCUUCUUCCCUUCCCAAUCAUCCUCUUAUUCCAACGUUGCCUGUGGGUCAGCAGAGUGUUCUCAAGUCUACAGCGCCACACACUACUCUCCAAGAUGCAGCAUCGCCUGUGUUUAUGAAACUCAGUAUACUGAUCGAGACUUCUCCAUCGGCCUCUUCGUACGUGAAACACUCAGACUAACACCCUCAGAUGUCUUCCCUGGUUUUAAGUUUGGGUGUGGCCACAAUGUCAGUUUACAAGAUUCCACAUCUGGGCUUCUUGGUUUAGGGCCUCAACCAAUCUCUCUGGUGUCUCAGACGGCAACUAAAUUUGGAAAAGUUUUCUCUUAUUGCCUGCCGCGCUCAGAAAACUCAAAUGGGUUCUUGGCAUUUGGCAACCAGACAGGCGCCACCUCCUCUGCCGUGAAGUACACACAGUUGAUAAUAAACCCUAGGAAUUUAGACUUCUAUUUCGUUCCAUUAAUAGGAAUAAGCGUCAAUGGGCAGAGACUGGCCAUUCCACCUUCAACGUUUUCGAAUCCUGGAACUGUGAUAGACUCAGGCACAGUCAUCAGUCGUCUACCGCCUUUAGCCUACCGAACCCUUCGGAAUGUGUUUAAUGCAGCAAUGUCACACUAUCCAUCUGCACCAGGAAUAGGACCUUUCGAUGCAUGCUAUGACUUCAGCAGGAACGAGACAGUGAUGGUUCCGUCCAUCGUUUUGCAUUUUGGAGGAGGUGCUGACAUCCAGUUGGAUUCACAUUCCGGGAUUCUUGUUAAUGCACGGCUAUCUCAGCCAUCUCAGUUUUGUUUGGCUUUCUUUCCAAACGAUAAUGUGAGACAAAAAGGAAUCCUUGGCAACAUGCAACAGAGGACAUAUGAGGUGAUUUAUGAUCUGCCUCGAGGAAGGUUAGGGUUUCGCAGUGUUGGGACGACUUGCUAG